AUGCUUUUGAACGACGAGAUACGACUCCUGGACAUCCUACCGUACGGUAGUGAUGGCGCAAGCGCCCCUAUUCACUGCGAAACCCGCGUCGUAGCUCUGUCCGAUAAGCCAGUAUACGAGGUACUGUCCUAUCGAUGGGGCGACCCCGAAGCCAAACGUGUUGUCACGUUAGACAACCAACAGACGUUUGUGACUACCAAACUCCACGCGGCGCUGUUGCGUGUACGACUGGAAGACAAACAGAGAACGAUCUGGAUCGACCAGCUUUGCAUCGACCAGGACAAUUUGACCGAAAAAGCCGUUCAAAUCCGUCUCAUGCGCGAGAUCUACACCAACUGCAGCCAGUGCCUCAUCUGGGUAGACGAAAUCAACCCCACGGUUCCCCAGGCUGAUGCAGAAGCCAUCAUCGACGCGCUCAACUCGAUAGCUUACAAGACCCUUCCCGUCCCGCCUUGUCUGGCUUCUGCCUCGGCUUUCCACGGUCCUAUCCAAGCGUUGAAGAGUAUCAGCGUUGGCACCCAUCCGUGGUGGAACCGCAUCUGGACCGUCCAAGAAUCAAUCCUGCCGGCCAACAAGGUGUUCCUCUGGGGUCCGCUGCAAUUACCAUGGGAUACACUCGCUCACUGCGCCUAUGCUUGGACCGGCACCUCGGACAACCCCGCCCAAGCCAUGUGGGAUUUGCUUUCCAAGGCUCCGCCCAAGGCAGCCCAGGACAUUAGAGACAUCCUGGGACACUUGUUUUGCAAUGUGAUCUGGAUCGACUCGGCCCACCAACAACGCGACACCCCAGUCGCGACCACCGCAAAAUGGCGCGGGCGCCAGGCCACCGAGCCACGGGACAAGGUGUUUGGGCUGCUGGGGCUGCUGCCGCGCGGCAUGGAGCUGUACUAUACGGACCGAUGCGACUAC